CUCGUUCGACUUCCUACUUCAAAAGGUCAGUGUCAGGAACUAACGGGAGCUCCUCCUCGCUCGUUUCAUCCACGGUCCAGUCCCUUCCUCACUCGACGAUGGUGUUCAAGUACUUGACUUUCAUCCCCGACGAUAAUUACCUCAACACUCGGCCCGGCUCACCGCCGGCCUUCCCGCCUUCGUCGUCUGAGGCUUCUCCUCAAGCUUGCCAUGGUUGCAUCGGCGUCACCAGCAGGUUCGGCGAAUUGCACCGGUUCAGGGACGGAGGAGCUGUGGUGGAGAUGCCGCACCGGAACGGCUCGGCAGGAAAAGCGAGCCGUCGAAAUUCCAAGCGUUCUCCAGUCAACACGGUGAUUCGGAAGGAGGGGAAAGAGAAGAAAAAGAAAAAAAGAAUAAGAAAUGGCCCUUCUUCUUCUUAUCCUCCUCCUCAGUCUCCUCUCCAGUCUUCUGUGGCGUUUACUUUCCCUGAUGGAGAUUGUAGCCUUGAGCACUCCACCGUUUUGCAGCACAAAGGCCCUCUUGUCUCUUGUGAUAUUCCUCGAGCGCUACCCAUCAACAUCGACGAAAUUCCGAUGGCUGCUGUUUUUCCGGCGAUGUCGCUGGACAGGUCAUUGCCAAUCAUUCAGCCGAUUAGGACAACCGACUUCAACCAGAUAUUGUUCGAGGAGUUGAGAAUAACCAAAGAGGUAUUCUUUUCAGCUCAUUCAAUUGAGCCUUUGGUUGGCACUGUGGGCUCUGGCGCUCGAGCGCUGCUUGGCAAUGGAAACGAUGCCUCCCUUACAUCAGCAAGUGAGGUAGAUAGUUUCAGAGAUUGUGAUCGUGAGGAUGCAUGUGUUUCUGAGUCAUCUGAUUCGGGCGAGGUUGAGAGGAAUAUACAAAUGCGAUCUGCAGAUUCCACUCCUUGCCGCCCGUCCUCGAACAUUUUGUCCCAAAGGGAGGAGGAUUCUGAUAACGAGAUGCCCCAACACGUCAGGAUACCAUCUCCUGUCACUUUCAGAGAUCCGGACUCAGAUGAUAUUUGCGAUGAAGAAUCGGAUUUUGAUGAGGUCGACAGUUUCCCCGUGAAGCAGAAAGCUGAAAAUAAUGGAAAGAAAGGGUCAUGCUACCGCUGCUUUAAAGGGAACAGAUUCACAGAAAAAGAAGUUUGCCUUGUUUGCGGUGCAAAGUAUUGUCAGAAUUGUGUAUUCAGAGCUAUGGGAUCGAUGCCUGAAGGCAGAAAAUGCGUCACCUGCAUAGGCUUUAGGAUCGAUGAAAUAAAUCGAAGUAACCUGGGGAAAUGUUCUAGAAUGCUAAAGUGGCUCUUGCCAGAAUCAGAAAUUAAGCAAAUAAUGAGUUCUGAGGUAUUGUGCCCAGCAAAUGAAAUCCCUCCAAACCUUCUUUAUGUGAAUAAUAAGCGUCUUGAUCAUAAAGAGUUGCUUCUGCUGCGGGGCUGCCCAAAUCCUCCGAAAAAGCUAAGGCCGGGACACUACUGGUAUGAUAAAGUGGCUGGGUUUUGGGGUAAGGAGGGGCAGAAACCAUGCCAAAUAAUCAGUGUCCACUUAGAUGUUGGGGGUUACAUUAAACCAACUGCUAGCAACGGAAACACAGGCGUAUUAAUUAAUAACCGGGAAAUUACAAAAGAAGAGGUUUGGAUGCUCAAGUCAGCUGGAAUUCCAUGCGAAGGAAAACCUCAUUUUUGGGUGAGUGCAGAUGGAUGCUAUCAGGAAGAGGGGCAGAAGAAUGCUAAAGGCCGCAUAUGGGAGAAGACUAAGACAAAGCUAGUCUGCGCAAUCUUGUCUUUGCCAAUUCCUGCGGAUAAUGCAAAAUCUGGUGAAGAAAAGACCAAAGGCAGCAGUGGCCAGAAUGAUCUUUAUCACAAACUGCUUCUGGUCGGCUUUGAUAAAUCUGGCACAAGCACUAUAUUCAAGCAGGCCAAGAUUCUGUAUGGUGUCUCCUUUUCUGAAGAUGAGCGUCAAAAAAUCAAGUUAAUGAUCCAGAGCAAUCUGUACUGCUAUCUGGGCAUACUGCUCAAAGGACGUGAGAGAUUUCAAAAGGAAACUCUGAAGGGGAAGGGGAAAAGCCUGUUAAUUGACCAACCCAGUUCUUUGGGGCACAAACGGUUUGAAAGAGGAAGCUCGAGGGAGAAGGGAAAAGGACUGAUGAUUGAUGGAUGCCACUCUUCAGGGAUAAUGUAUUCGAAGGAAACUAAGUUGACCUAUUCCAUAGACUCAAAGCUUAAAGGAUUCUCGGAUUGGCUUCUCAAGGAAAUAGCAUCUGGUAAUUUAGAAGCCAUCGUUCUUUCUGCCAGUCGUGAAUACUCACCUCGUAUUGAGGAACUGUGGAAGGAUGAAGCCAUUCAAGCCACAUACAACCGAAGGAAUGAGUUAGAAAAGCUCCCUAGAGUAGCUACAUAUUUUCUGGAGCGGGCUGUUGAGAUUUCAAAAGAAGAGUAUGAGCCCUCUGAUAUGGAUAUUCUGUACACAGAGGGAAUUGCCUCUUCUAACGGUCUUGCGAGCAUGGAAUUUUCAUUUCCCAUGUCAGCAAAAUCAGAUGGAUACACAGACUCUAUUGAUCAGCACUACAGCAUGAUGAGGUACCAACUCAUCAGGGUGCAUCCUAGAAGCCUAGGGAAAAACUGCAAGUGGUUGGAGACUUUCGAAGAUGUUAAUAUCGUCUUGUUCUGCAUCUCAUUGACAGACUACGAUGAGUUCUAUGAGGAUAAUAAAGGAUUACUGAUAAACAAGAUGAUGGCAAGCAAACAACUUUUUGAAAGUGUCGUCACUCAUCCGACCUUAUAUGAAAAGGACUUCCUUCUGAUUAUGAACAAGUUCGAUCUGCUCGAAGAAAAGAUUGAACAGUCUCCUUUAACUCAAUGUGAAUGGUUUUGUGAUUUCCAUCCAGUGAUCGACUCUAACUGCAAUAUUGAGACUUAUGUUCAUCCGGCUCCUUUGUUGGCAGAGCUUGCGUCUCACUACAUUGCAGUGAAGUUCAAAUGGCUCUUCCAUUCGCUUACUGAACGCAAGCUGUAUGUUUCCCUAGUUACAGGACUUGAGCAGGAUAGUGUGGAUAAAUCUCUUAAAUAUGCGAGGGAGAUUAUGAAUUGGGACGAAGAAGAUAUCACUUUCAUCGAUGAGGAAUCUUUUUUGAGUUUGGAGGCAAGCACCUCUUAGUUUUUAUUUUAUUUUAUUCUUUUUCACUCUCCCAAUUGGCGACCAUCUGGUUAUGCCUAAUGAAGAAGACGUGGCUCCAUAAACUCUUGUCAAUAUAUACUGGCAAUUAGGUGGAUCAUAUGAAGUGAAAUAGCUUCGAUUUUUAAUUCCUUCUUAUGAUGCAUUCAGAAGACGUACUCAUGUGAAUGCAGAAUGAAAUGCGUCUCUUAUUGUGAACUGUUCUGUGAAUGGAUAAAUGAACGAACUAUUCUGGCCA